GUAUGAUGUUUGUAUUUGUUGCAGCUGUCGGUAGACGGCAGAUUUAAAUCCUGCAAGUUCGAUUAGUUGAAAUGUCGAUUCACUUGAUUGAAAUUUACCGCGAAAUUGUUCUUAAAUCACGUUACGUGCUUUUAAGUUUACCUAGUAAGCUAAAAUUAAUGAAAGUGAUAUGGAACGUUUGGAGAAUCGGAAAAUUUCUGUGAACUGACCCUCUUCGCCGUUCAGUUGCAACUGUAAUUCUAGCGUCAAGUUUCGAGCUGCCAUGUGUGUCAGCUGCACAAUCGGAUUCGAUGUUUAAACAACUGCGGAUUGAAAGUUAGUUUUCGCGAUCACGAGAAUAACAGUGUGCGAUAGCAGGUGUUUAUUUAAUGAUGCUUUCAUAAUGUUACAGUAGUACAUCCCUAAAAUUAGUAAAGCCACAAAGGGACCUUUUAAAUAAACCCGUCUGUAAAAGGAACAACAAGGCACAUGGCGGAAACAUCUUGCAAUAACAGGGAUAUAAAUUCGAAGAGAGAGGAUUAUUUGGAGUGGAAUGAAUACUUUAUGGCCACUGCUUUUCUUGCUGCAAAACGUAGUAAGGAUCCUUGUUCCCAAGUUGGUGCAUGUAUAGUAAAUAAGGAGAAGAAAAUAGUGGGUAUUGGAUACAAUGGAAUGCCAUCUGGUUGCAGUGAUGAUCAAUACCCGUGGAAUAAAACAAGUUCUAAUAAAUUGGAAACAAAAUAUUUUUAUGUUUGUCAUGCCGAAAUGAAUGCAAUAUUGAACAAAAAUUCAGCAGAUGUGAAAGACUGUUCUAUGUACGUUGCUCUGUUCCCAUGCAAUGAAUGUGCAAAGAUAAUAAUUCAGUCUGGCAUUCGAGAAGUCAUUUAUAUGUCUGACAAGAAUUCCCAUAAGCUGGAAACCAUUGCUUCCAAACGAAUGUUUGACUCUUCUGGUGUCAAGUACUGGCAGUAUGUUCCAAAGCGCAAACAUAUUGUUAUAGAUUUCACAGAAAUCAACUGGAAUGAAAUGACACAGUGUCCGCCAUCUCCACACAAAGAUGCUGAAUUGCAUGAAGAGAUAAAACUUGACCAAAUGAUCUUGACACAGAAUCAUCGAUGAUAUGAUUCCAGAUGUAAUGUGUGUGUGUGUGUGUGUGUGUGUGUGUGUGUGUGUGUGUGUGUGUGUGUGUGUGUGUGUGUGUGUGUGUGCAAAUGAUCUUGACACAGAAUCAUCGAUGAUAUGAUUCCAGAUGUAAUGUGUGUGUGUGUGUGUGUGUGUGUGUGUGUGUGUGUGUGUGUGUGUGUUUUUUUUACUGUGCUGAGGGCUCACCAGUAACAAAAUCUGUGAUUUACAUGUAUAAGUCAUGAAUAAAUAUUUUUAUUUUACAAA